CCUCUUUUCAAGCUUCUUAGUUAUUAUUGCCGAUGGGGAAACCAUUUCUCAUUCUCUCCCUCCUAACGCUCACGCUUAAGAUCCUUCAUGUGUCUUCUCAAGGGGUUCAGGCACUCAACUUAGCGUGUGGGGCGACUGCUUCCUUCACUGAUCCUUAUGGGAAUCAAUGGGUGCCGGAUUACCAGUUCAUUGGAUCUGGCUCCACUGCAUCGGUUCAGUUUACGAGCCCAGAUGCUCCAUUCCUGUCCACCGUCCGUUACUUCCCUUAUGGAAGCAUGAACUGCUACGGAAUCGGUGGUGUGACUCUGGGGGCUACAAUCAAAGUCAUUGCCAUCUUCCAGUAUGGUAAUUACGAUGGCUUGGCACUGCCACCUUCCUUUCUGCUCCAAAUCGAUGGCGGUGGUUGGACAAGCGUUCAGACUUCAGAGGGUCUGGUAGCGUACUCGCUCACCUUUCGGGCUGUGGAGGGCGCGGUCAGUGUUUGCCUUGCCCCGGACAGCACUCGACGCAUCCCCUUCAUUUCUGCUAUACGAGUACUUGAAGCUGGCGCCGAUUCAAGCACGCAAGAUGGUAGUUCUGAUCCUGGUUCAAGUUCAAGUAGUCAAGUUCCAUCUGAAGAAAGGGUAAAAUUCUCUAGUUCUUCAAAGGUGCGUGCAAAGGGAAAAUUAGGCGGACUGAUUUAUCUGUGCUCCCUCAUACCUGGUGGGUUCGGUGUUGCUGUUAUUAUCUUAAUCAUUGUUUAUCUGAUAAAAAAGAACAAGAUGAGGAGGGCAGAAAUACAAGCACAAUUGGAUGCAGAGAACACAGAUUCAGGAGCGAGUAACGAAGCAUGAAAGAUGAAGUUUCCAUGAUUUUACAAUUGAAGG